CUGUAAUGUACAAUUUAUAUAACAAAAUUUUCAAAUAAAUAUCAGAAGAAAAAGUAAAAAGAAAAUCUUUUGGAUAAAACUUGAAACACAUGUUCUAAUUAAAAAAGAUUGAUGAAACGAAAUUCAAUAUUUAAGACACAAAGAAAAUCUUAAAAUAGAGAAAAAAAACCAAAAAAUGACAUCGGCGGACAAAAGUAAAAAUAGCAGUAGUACUGCUAAUGGACACCAUCAUGUUUGUAGUAAACAUGGUAAACAACAACAAAAUCAUAAUGUAAAGGUCUCAAAACAUAAUCAUAGAAAUUUGGAAAUAUCUAGAUGUAGACAUCAUAACAAUAAUAAUAAUAAUAAUAGUAAUAAUAGUAAUAGUAAUAAUAAUCAUAAUGAUAUCAAUAAAAUAACAAAUUUAAGACCUUCACAUCAUAGAAAAUCAGAAUCAGUUUUAUCAACAGAUUCACAUAUUAGAUUUACAAGAAGAAAAUUAAAAGAUAGCCAAAAAUUUGGAUGUAUUGUGAUAGCAGGUUUCCUAGUCGCAUUACUAUUAGCUUCAAUAUUUGUAUAUCUUGGUUACACGUACCUUAGGCCAGAGCCACUACCAGAACGAAUAUUUCGUGGAAAAUUUCGAGUGACGCAAGGUGAUAAAUGGUCAAUGGAUUUAGCAAAUCAAAAUUCAAUUAGAUUUCAGCAUAAAGCAAGAGAUUAUAGAGAAAGAAUUAAUUUAGUUAUAAAACGAUCAGAUUUAAGAAAUUCUUAUGAUGGUAGUGAAAUUUUAGCUUUAGAUGGAAAAGAUGAACUUCCAGAUCUUUUAGUAUUAUUUAUUUUAAAAUUUGAUCCAUAUCGAGGUUUAGUAUCAACAGCGGAUCUUUUAGCCAUAUUUAAUGAGGAAAUUGCAUCAAACGAUAGAAAAUAUUUUGCAAAUAUAACAGUUGAACCAUCAAGUUUAGAAAUUAAAGAAAUAACUGGUGCACUCGAUGAAACUGAAUUAACACCAGCAUCACCAUUAGAACGUGAAGAUAUUUAUGAAACAACACUACCACCACCAAUACCAAGAUAUUGCGAACCAGUUAAAUUGGAUUAUUGCAAAACAAUAGGCUAUAAUGUUACCACAUAUCCGAAUUUAUUAGGACAUAUGUCAAUAGAAGAAGUUAAAAUCGAUUUAAUUGCAUUUAGAGAAUUGGUUGAUGCCGAAUGUUUUCGUGAAGCUUAUGAUUUUAUAUGUAGAAUGUUACAGCCUCCAUGUUUAAUAAAAGAUCCAUAUGAACCGCAGCCCGGUUUAAUUUGUCGAGAAUAUUGUCAAUCAUUUAUGAAAAGUUGCGAAAAUCGAAUAGUAGAACGUUUUCGACAAUUAUUUGAUUGUGAAAAUUUCCCGGAGUCUACAGGAGUUCAGUCAUGUUGGCAAAAACCAAGAUGUAUGGAUGAUCUAAGGAGUAAUUCGUUCCAGCCAAGAAUAUGUGACGGCAUCGCAGAUUGUCCAGAUUUAUCAGAUGAAAAAUCAUGCUCUUUCUGUCCUUCGAAAUCUAUAUAUUGCGGAAGAGGCCGUGCCUGUGUUCCAAAAACAGCUCGAUGUGAUGGAAACAAUGAUUGUCCAGAUGGAGCGGAUGAAAAAGAUUGCUUAUCAGUGGCACCAUUGACAACAGAUUUAGAUCAACCUAAUCCAAUAAUUCCUUAUCUUCCAAAAUUUUAUUCAGAAGGGUUCGCGAUAUUUUCAGAGAAGGGAAAAAUAGGAAAACUUUGUGCUGAAGGAUUGGAGAGUAAAAUCAAUGUUGGUCUCAGGCAAACUGUUGCUGAGUCGUUAUGCAAAUCAUUAGGAUACGACACUCUGAGCUCGGUUGAAAUUCGAAAUGAUAGCGAAAAAAUUUCGGACUAUGUUCGAGUAUUGGACCCCCAUGCGGCAGAGAUAUCUUUUGUACGAACUUCUUGUCAUAAUAAAGAGGUUUUAUAUGUGACGUGUAGCGAUUUGCAAUGUGGUGUUCAGUCAGUACUUUCACCAAAACAUAUUUUACUUCCUAAAAUGGCAAGUCCUGGUGAUUGGCCAUGGUUUGUUUCUCUUUAUCGUGAGGAAACUCAUGUUUGCGACGGAACUUUGAUAUCUGCUGAUUGGGUGCUAACAACAGAAUCAUGCUUUCAAGGUCAACCACGGGCAACAUGGUUGGCUAUCUUCGGUUCUGUAAGGUUAAAAUCGAAUCCACCCUGGAAACAGCGUAGACGUAUUAUUGGUAUGGUAAAAAGUCCUGUUGAAGGAUCAACAGCAGCUUUAGUUCGAUUAGAAACUCCUGUUCAUUUUUCUGAUUUUGUACGUCCUAUAUGUUUACCUGAUGAAAUUGGCAGAAAACUAAACCAAAAUGCCAAAAAACCAGACCGUAAAUCUAAUAAACCUAAAGCUGAAAAAUUAAAUUCGCAAAAUAGAGAGUCAACAUCGAGUAAUGUCGUUCGAAGUACUAGAAUAUCACCAAAAGAAAGGCGAGAGUUCUUUUUAUCACCUUAUUCUUAUGAUCAAAGUACAAUUAAAAUUAGGUCAACAUCUGAACCAGAAGAUGAUACUGAAGCGACAGUAAUAAAAGAGAUACCGGUUGCAGAGCCAUUAAAAAAUCCCGAUGCAUUAAGUGAUCAAAAUUUGUCAAACAAAACAGAAAUAUUGACUCAGCCUACUUCAGAGCCAUUGUCUUAUACAAAACCACCAUAUCGUCAUACAGAACAGGUAUGGACUAAUUGUAAUACUCUAGGAUGGUCAAGACAAAAAGAGCAUUUACAAAGAGUUCAAUUAAAAAUUGGUGACAUGGCAUUAUGUGAAAACGUUUCUAUUGCAACUGUGAAUAGUAUGUGUACAGAAGCAACUUUUCAUGUUGAAGAUUGUGCGGAAGAAGAAUUUGCUGGCAGUCCUGUACAUUGUUUAAUACCUGAUACAAAUCAAUGGGCUAUUGUUGGUAUUUCAUCAUGGAGAAUUGGUUGCGGUCCGACUGGUGUCGAACGUCCAAGAAUGUAUGAUAAAAUAACAUCAAAUUCAGCUUGGAUACGUGAUACAAUAAAUGCAUUAUGAUAAAUUUUUAAUUAUUUAUUUAUUUUAUAAUUUUAAAUUAAUUGAAAUUAUUAUUUAAUAAUUUAACAUGAAACAAAACCAAUGAAUUUGUUGCAAAUCAUAAAUCAUUUUUAUAUUUAUAUGAAUGUACAUACAUACAAUGUAAAUUCAAAGAAAAAUUAACUAUACUUAUUG